AUGAAAUAAAUUGACAAAUACUCGUAUAAUCCAAAGGACAUGCUUGGGAUGGGGUCUACAGGGACAGUUGUAAAAGCCAUUGAUGCUAUGAAAAAUCAAUAUGCUUUAAGGAUAAUAAAAAAAAAUAGCAUAACAGACGAUGAAGGUCUCCAAUGUGCAUUGUUGGAUGAAAUUAAAUUGAUGCAAAAAUUAAAGCAUCCAAAAAUAGUUUAGCUGGUAGAAGUAAUACAAACAGACAACAAUUAUUAUGUUGUCAUGGAAUUUUGUAAAUAAGAUCUUCAAACUUAUUUGCAAUAAAUUCAUAAAUUACCUGAAUCGGAAUGUAUUAAGCUUUUGAUAGAUCUUCUGGAAGGGUUCACUGAAUUAAUAAACCACGGGAUAAUUCAUAGAGGAUUAAAAUUGACUAAUAUUCUGUUAACAGCUAAUGGAUAUAAAUUAGCAGAUUGUGGAUUAACAAAAUGUAUGGAGAAUUUCAAAACAGAUCAAUCACGUAAGGAUGAAGACUUUAAAUUCCAUUCUCCUUAAGUCUUGGCGAAUAGUAAAUAUACAAGCAAAUGUGACAUUUGGUCGAUUGGAAUGGUAUUAUACAAUGUUCUGUAUGGUUAUACAGCAUGGAGUGGUACAAGGAUAGAAUAAUUGUUGCAUAAUAUUGAACAUAAAUUGUUAGACUUUCCUGAUGAUUAAACAUCAGUUAGUGACGAUAUGAAAUCAUUUAUAGAAGGUUGUUUGGCUAUGGAGGAAUCAGAAAGAAUGAAUUGGGAUGAAGUAUUCAAACAUAAAUUGGUUAAAGAUUAUUUUAAGAAUUAUCAGGCACAUAUAAAGGAAGAAUAAAUCAAGUUCUUGAUGAAUGAAUUAAGAUAGAAAAUAAUCAAAUAAAGUUUGAAUAUUCGAACUUUAUUCUAAGAAUUUGAUGAAAAUGGAGAUCAAACAUUGUAGUUUUCAGAAUUAGUUCAAUUAUUGCAUACAAUAGACUAAACUCUUAGUCGAUAAGAUUGCUAAGUGAUAUUUAAAAAAUUAGAUUUGGAUGGAGAUCAUUCUGUGUCAUUGGAGGAAUUUGAAAAAUGGAUAACAGAUAACAAUACAAAGAUGGCAGUGAUUUCAAAAGUGAAGGGUCGUUAGAAUCAAAAAAUGUUGAGUAAUAAGUAAAUACCAUCAUUAAAAAAUAUCUAAAAUUAUCCUGGGAAACAAAAAGAUAUGGACCCUCGAAACUUAUAGAUGGGAUAAUAACCUUUUUUAGGUCAAUCUUAAUCAACACCUCAAAUGAAUAAAAUGCCUAUGCAAGCAUUUGUAUUUGAUCCUGAGAAAACCAUUUAAAAGUUGCAAUAAACAAUUCAAAGAUUCAAUAUAAAUGUUCAUGAUUUAUUCUAAAAAUUCGAUUAAGACCUUGAUGGACUUCUCAAUUUUUAAGAAUUUGCUCAAUUAUUAAUAAAGAUUCAAAGAAACGCAUAACCUUAGGAGUUGCAUGCAAUCUUCAAGAUAUUCGAUCUGAAUGAUGAUAAUUUUAUCUCGUUUAUAGAAUUCAGAUAAAUCUUGAAUUUGUAUUAAGAGAUGAACCAGAAACAAGAGGCCAAGUUCUUCAAUACUGGCUACUAGAAUUCCUCAAUACAAAAUCUAAUAGGGUCCAAUCUAGUAAAUUGCCCCUAAUUAUCAAACAUACUAACCAAGAAAUCAAACAUAUCCAGAAAUGCUUUGAAAUAUAUAAUAAACUGA